GGUGGACCGGCGGCCUCGUCCCGCCCCGCGCGGCCGGUCCCCGGGGGUCAUGUCGGGCCGCGUCUGGGGCGGUUCGGCCGGGAGCGGGCGGAACUCGGGGUCCUCAGGUGCGGCGCGGUGAGGACGCCCAGAGCCUCUCCACCCGCCCCAGCUCAGCCCACGGGGUUCCCAUCGGACGCCGAGUCCCGCAGGUCCCUGCUCCGAGCGGCGAGCCCAGCCUGGGUGCCACCCGAGGUCCCCGCUUCUUCUGGACGCGGCCAGGUGGCGAGGCUGGCGUCCAGAGUUGCCGGAGAACUGGACAGACACUCGGGAGACGCUGCUGGAGGGCAUGAUUUUCAGCCUCAAGUACCUUGGCAUGACGCUGGUGGAGAGGCCCAAGGGCGAGGAGCUGUCUGCAGCUGCAGUCAAGAGGAUCGUGGCCACCGCCAAGGCCAGCGGAAAGAAACUACAGAAGGUAACACUGAAGGUGUCGCCUCGGGGGAUCAUCCUGACAGACAGCCUCACCAGCCAGCUCAUUGAGAACGUGUCCAUUUAUAGGAUCUCCUACUGCACAGCAGACAAGAUGCACGACAAGGUGUUUGCAUACAUCGCCCAGAGCCAGCACAACGAGAACCUGGAGUGUCAUGCCUUCCUCUGCACCAAGCGCAAAGUGGCACAGGCCGUCACCCUCACGGUAGCCCAGGCCUUCAAAGUUGCCUUUGAGUUUUGGCAGGUGUCCAAGGAAGAGAAAGAGAAGAGGGAGAAAGCCAACCAAGACGGAGGAGACGUCCCAGCGACCCGACGUGACAGCAACCCCUCGUUGAAAAGCUUGGUUGCCACUGGGAACCUGCUGGAUUUGGAAGAGGUGGCUAAGGCGCCAUUGUCCACGGUCAGCGCUAACACCAACAACGUAGACGAGACGCUGCGGCCUCAAGUACUGGGCAACAGCAGUGUGGUCUGGGAGCUGGAUGAUGGCCUGGAUGAAGCAUUUUCAAGGCUGGCACAGUCACGGACAAACCCCCAAGUCCUGGACACUGGACUGUCGGCCCAGGACAUCCAUUAUGCACAGUGCUUAUCGCCCACCGACUGGGACAAGCCUGACAGCAGCGGCAUCGAUCAAGAUGACCUCUUCAACUUCUGAGGGCCCGGGGCCCGGCAGGACACAACCGCCCUUGACAUGUGAUGGACCGAAAGCCACCUGCAGCGGAGCAGCCAGCUCCAGGAGCCGUCGGCCACCUUUGGCCAGCGGCAGCAGAGCCUGCUGAUGAGGGCUGCUCAGUCAGGCAGGGAGAGAGGCAGCAAGAUGCCUGGGGUAGCCAGUCAGCGACUCCUGGUUUACGCUCGGAAACCAGGUUUGCAUUAGGCACUCACGGUGUGGGCAGAGCGGGGCCUGGCCUCCUGGCCUCCUGGCCUCUUUCCUGGAGCCAGUGCCCUUCCCUGCUGUGGGUGUUAGGACAAUGACCAAAGCAUUCCUUGUUCCUUUUCUCUGGGGCAUCCUCACUCCUCAGGCAGUGAGGGCCUGUCAUUGUUUGUGCACUGGAGGGGACAUGGCUUUCAGGGAAGCCGGGGUCCUGGGGCUCGGCUUCCUCAGGGCCUAGCAGCAGAGGCUCUCAGAGAGGCAGCCCCUGACCAAAGACACACACAGCUCUGCACUUUAACUGUCACACAUGGAAGUGGUUUGCUGUUCUUGAUGGUGCUGUGGGAGUAGAGCGUGCCUCCUGCUCUCCCUCCACAAGAGGGCCCCAGUCCCCCAGGUGGUCCUGACAGCGCUGGGACCUCCGGUACCAGCUGCCCAUGACUCUUGAGUCACCACAACCCUGGGGACCACCUCCGAAUGGCUUUCAGGAGCCCCCAACAGACAAAGCUGGGUCCGCCAUUCUGUUUUGUCUGUGCGUCCUCAUGUGUGCUCCGCCUUCUUUCUCCCCAUAAUUCCUGGGGCGACACCAAAGCCCUGCUCCGGGUUGCACAGAACAGUUUGCAUCCAUCUUACAGCUAAGGAAACUGAGGCGGCACGUGCGGGGGGGUGGGGGGGUGGUGGUGGUGGAAUGGAGAAUAGUACCCAGAUCUGAAACCAAAGCUGCUGUCUGCGCUCCACCUCGCGGCCCACGCCUCUUCCUCCCCAGCUCUGUUGUCCUCCCAGGAACCAAAAA